AUGAAGACAAAUGUUUUGAGAGUGUGGUAUGUGCCUGCGUUGGUGCUGUGUCUGAAUGCAGCUGAGGAUUUCCAAUGGACAAAGAAUAACCCUGGCUCCUUCUAUUAUGGCACUUUCCCAGCUGGUUUUUUAUGGGGUGCCGGCAGUUCUGCCUACCAAACUGAAGGGGCUUGGGAGGAGGAUGGAAAAGGACCAAGUAUCUGGGAUGUUUUUACUCAUAAAAAGGGAAAAGUGUACAAAAAUGACACAGCAGAUUCAGCAUGUGAAAGUUACUACAGAGUGAAGGAUGACAUUCAGUUACUGAAGGAUUUGAAAGUCCAUUACUAUCUGCUCUCCAUAUCAUGGCCUCGCAUUCUGCCUACUGGCAUCAAAACAGAAGAAGUAAAUGAAAUGGGAAUACAAUUCUAUAAUGAUACAAUUAAUAGUCUUCUGGAGAACAACAUUAUCCCUUUUGUGAGCCUCUACCACUGGGAUCUUCCACAGGCACUCCAGGAAAAGUAUGGGGGCUGGCAGAAUGCAAGCCUAAUAAAUUACUUUAAUGAUUAUGCAAAUCUGUGCUUUGAGACUUUUGGUGAUCGUGUGAAAUACUGGAUUACUUUUAGUAACCCUUGGGCUGUCGCUGAAGAGGGCUAUGAGACAGGAAAACACGCGCCAGGACUGAAGCUCAGUGGAACUGGGGCAUAUAAAGCAGCUCAUCACAUAAUUAAAACUCAUGCAAAGGUCUGGCAUUCUUAUGAUAAGACAUGGCGCAGGGAGCAGCAAGGGAUGGUUGGAAUUUCUUUAACAAGUGCCUGGGGUGAACCUAUGGAUCUAAGUAACCAAGAUGACAUAGAUGCUGCUGAGAGAUAUGUUCAGUUUUAUUUGGGAUGGUUUGCAAAUCCUAUUUACAGAGGAGACUAUCCAGAAGUUAUGAAAGAGUAUAUAGGUAGAAAGAGUGCCCAGCAAGGCUUGGGCUUGACAAGAUUACCAAUCUUCUCAGCACAAGAGAAAAGCUAUAUUAAAGGCACAUCAGAUUUCCUGGGAAUAGGUCACUUUACUACUCGCUACAUUACUCGGAAGAAUUAUCCCUCCCUGCAAGGGCCCAGUUACUACACCGAUCGUGAUUUGCAGGAACUGGUAGACCCAAAGUGGCCAAACCCAGGAUCCAAAUGGUUAUACUCUGUGCCCUGGGGUUUUAGAAGGUUACUCAACUUUGCUAAGAUACAUUAUGGGAACCCUCUGAUUUACGUGACAGAGAAUGGGGUUUCUGAAAAGAUAUACUGUAUUCAACUAUGUGACGAAUGGAGAAUGGAAUAUCUGAAAGGGUAUAUUAAUGAGAUGCUGAAAGCGAUCAAUGACGGAGUUAAUGUUAAUGGGUAUACUGCCUGGUCUCUACUGGAUAAAUUUGAAUGGAAUAAAGGUUUCUCUGAGAGAUUUGGAUUCUACCAUGUUGAUUUUCAGAAUAAAAACAAACCUCGACACCCAAAGGCAUCUGUUCAGUACUACAAGAAAAUCAUAAGUGCAAAUGGAUUUCCAAAUCUACGACAGGUGGAAAGUUGGUAUUACAAGGCCUUGGAGACUUGUUCUACCACAAACCAACCAGUUUCUGAAGAUCCUUUGACUACUCACAUGGAAAUGGUGACUGAGAUUGUUGUGCCUAUAGCUUUCACACUCUGCAUACUUAUCAGUGCUGUUCUACUAGCAAUCUUCCUUCGGAAGUGCAACUAAAAUUACAAGUUUACACACACUUCAUUUUGCAUAAGUAAUAGAAUGCCAUGAUAGUCUUGCAUUGUUUUAAAGGGUUUCCACAGAUGCCUUUUUUUCGUAAUGCUGUAAUGACAGAGAAAUAUGGCUUUUGUAUACACAUUGAUGUUUCUGUAUUUUAUUCAUUUUUGUCCCCAGGACAUAAUUUAGAAAUAUUAUCAAAACCAAUGCAUCUGUUUCAGUAUUUUUAAUCAAAAUUCAAUUAGAGAUUUUAUCUUGAACAUUUUGCAAAACAUUGUGUGUGUUCUUCAUGUUGGCCGAGAUGAAAUUUAUUCAAACCUUUCCAGAUUUCAAGGGUAGACUGAAAACAGAACUUUUGAACAAUCUGUUCAUCAAUAUACUUUUUAAUUAUCAUGUAAGUGCUGUUUUAAAAAAAUGAAGACAUGGACUAUUUACAGAAUAUAAUUUAAAAAAUAACAAUUAACUAAUUCAUCUUUGCAUCCUUACAAGUAAAGCAUGUUUUAUUACCCAAAUUUUUAUACAUUGUGAAAAAUAUGAGAUAUUAAAUGACUCAUCCAAAGCCAAAUAUGGACCUGUAUUCAAAGCCAGGACUAGGAAUCCUGAUGUCCAAUCAAUCUAGUGUUCAAACCACCAGGACCUUCUUCAUGAUACAUCUUCUCUUCAGUGUAUAAAGAUGCGUUCUCUGGGGCCCAAGUAACUUGAAACAAGAAUCACCAAAUUCAGUCCUGCUGUAAGCAGGGCCAGCUUCAUAGGAGGCAGCUGCAUACAAAGAACUGUUAUUGCUUCCAGCAUAUGGCCAGUAACCUGCCAUUGGCAAAUCUGAAAUCAUUCCUGCCAAAAAUGGUAUCAAGCUUCAUAUUCAACUUUCCCUAAGAUUUCUUUAGUAAACUACCACAGGUGUGUAUGUCAAAUUCUAAGGACAGUUGUGUGUUAAAAAUAGGCAUAUUUAGUGCAUCCUGUAUUCAAGCAGGGUAGAUAAAAUAGAGGAAUUAAAAGACCCAGAUUUAAACUGGAUCUUUUAAAUUAAAAUAUUAACUUUGUUUAAAAAUUACAUUUGAAUGUAUAAGUAAUCUAUAUUACCUAUAAGCAUUCUAUGUUCUAUUGAUAGCUUAAUAUUUCAUUAAUUCAUGGAGUCUCCUUGAGCUUUAAUUAUUUUUAUAUAUUUCUGCCUGAUUAUAUUACUCAUUUUUUAAGAUCAAAAUAUGUAUACAUGUGCUACAAACUUAUUUUCAUGACAAGGGAGCAAAAGCUGGCCUUUAUUUUUUCUUAAAUGUUAGUAAAACUUGUCUCCAGUUAUUCAAUAAACAUAUACUUAGGGAUGUGAAAGGUUAAACACUUAAUCAUUUAACUGAUAAGUGCAGUGAUAACUGGUUAGCUUAUGAGUUAUCCUUUACCUUGGAUGGGUACAGUCUAGCAGGUAAGGGGAGGGGGAGGAAUGCCCGCUGUACCCCGGCAGGAAUCAAAAGGCAGUAGGGCAGGCAGAACGGAGAGAGGGAGGAAUCAGGGAGAGCGGCAAGGGGGACUAGUACCCAUAACUUAAGUGGAAAACAGGGACUGGCUUAAUGACUCACCAAUUAAGCAAUUAGCUGCUGGUUCCCAGGUGUUCCCUUCCUCCCAGUGCAAGGCUUCACACAGUGUUGUCUGACUGGGCUUGCCUCUUCCCCGCUCUCCCCCAGUCUAAGGGUUUGGGGAGUGGGGAGCAGCUCCCAGCAGCAGGUGUGUCAGAGCUGCUGUUUUAUCAAUCGUUUAACUGAUAUAAUUAGGAGGAGGUUAAACAAAUAUUUUUAAAUUAUAUUUAUAACCCCAGUUACACUAUAUAAUUACUUAAAUGUAUAUUCUCUGGUUAGCAUAGAGUAGUAUCAUACGUAAUGUAGAGGCUAUAUUUAAGCACAAUUUAAAUCAAUCCACCUCAUAUUUAAGAAAUGUUGAAUUUGGAGUGGAUGACGAAAGCAACUCAAAAAUAUAAAUGCAAUGCCA